AUGGCCGAAAGUGAUUUGAGCGAAGAAGACUCGCAUUCUAGUUUUGAGAAAAUGUACUCAGAGAAACUGGAGAAAUUAAACCAGAAUCCUGAAGAUGUUUUUCUAAACAAUUCUCAACCUCAAUCUACCUUAACCUCUCAUCCUCAGCUUCAACGACAACCCGGAGUAGCUCCAGGUUUAACCUCCAGUCAAGUAUCUCUGGGCACCGGACUAGAGCCUUCUAGUUCGGUUGGACAGGUUGGGACUCCUCAUUGUAUAUCAGGACCAAACUGGUCUCCUGGGCUGGGUCCAUCCUGGCCUAGUGGGCCUUCAUGUUCAGCUGGACCAGUCCCUGGACCUGGUCCGGUCACUUUGGGACUAAAUCCACCUUGUCAAGGUCAAGUAACGGCUCCAGGUUCUUUUCCGAACACACCGUCCACUGGUUCCUAUAUGAGCACCCCUUCUCCGGGAGCUUAUCUGAGCACCCCCUCCCCUGGAACCUACCUACCUGGGUUCCCUGGCUUACAACAAGGGUUUUCAGGAAUAUCGGAACCUAGUUCUCAACAGCAGGUCACUCCGGCAGUUACAAUUAUAGUAAACAACUCUCCUACUCCUACUCCUACCCAAGCACCUGAAUCAGGGCAGGAUGACCGGCACACUAGAGCUGACAGCAUAAACCAAGUAAACCCAAGACCUAAGAAUAGACGGAGUAAAGCUAGUGUAGCAGUAAAGUUCUUUUACAAGAAUAAUCUGAUAAAUAUCCGACCUCUACCCUGGUUUCCGACUCUAGGAAAACACACUUUUAACAAAAUCCUAGAAGAAAAACAUGGGAAUGAUAAGGGUAAUAAGAGUAUGAAAGUUCUGAUUGAAGGAAGUCCUGGAUAUGGUAAAACUACAUUAGCAAGACGUAUAGCAGUCGACUGGGGUAGAGACGCAGAAUAUUUAAAUAAUUUUAAUCUUCUCAUUUUCAUCACUUGCAGAGACCUGGAGGGGAGGAACCUUGAUGACUAUGUUGCAGAAUUCUUUCCUAGAGUUUCUGAUAAUACUUCUGAGUCACAGAUACGCCUUUCAGAUUGGAUGGAUGUUAGUGAGGAGAUAUUGUUUAUCCUGGAUGGAUUGGAUGAAUGCAGAAAAGAAGAUUCUAAAGUUAUAAACAAACUUCUUGAGGGACAGACAAGUUACCAAAAAGCUUCUAUAUUGGCAACAUCUCGUCCAAUCAGUUUCAACGACACUGAUAUCAAAAUCAGUAAAUUCUCCACAAAAGUUGAGAUAAAGGGGUUCAACAGAAACCACGUAGAGAAGUUGAUAGAUACGUUCUUCGAGAAUAACGAGGGAAAAGGGAAAAAACUUAAAGAGAAGCUCUACGGAGGACUUCAGGCUUAUGAGAAUUUAGUGACCUGUCCCUUACUGUGUCAACUAUUCUGUUUACUUUAUGAGGAUGAUGAGAACCUCCCUGAUAAAGCUACAGAUGUGUACAUGAAACUGAUUAGAUGUUUAAUAAACAGAGAGAAAUCUGCACAGGGGAAGAUGUUUAACCCUGAUGAGAAUAUACCAGCUGUGGACGAGGAAACCCUCAAGAUGUUUGGAAAAUUAUGUAUUAAAGCUCUAGAACAGGAACACACCCGUAUUUUACUGUAA